CAAAGAAAAGGAACUUUUCAUUUUAAUAUCCUUAUCAACUCACAGGAACGAGGGUAUGACGCAAAGGUCAAUUAAAGAGUCAAUAGGCUGAGUUCCCGGCCUUUAAGGCUCUUCAAACCAUAAACUCUGCAAACCAAUGCCAGGGUAUUUCAUGGGCUUCUUAAGGCAGCUGGAUAAAUAAACACCGUGCAAUCUCGUAAGGAAUCUGAAAUAGGCGCAACCCUAUAACAGCCAAUUUUAUAUUUUCGAUCUCCAAUCGGCCAAAUCGCACGAAAGAGUGGCUGGAUUCUGAGACAGGGAGAGUCUGCAUGAGAUCUUUUUUCGAUUCUCUCUGAAAUGGAAACCAUGGCAAUAUAUUUUGACCCAUCCGCUGGUUUCCCUUGAUAUUUUCGCUUCCUCCUGGAAUGGAUCUUGGUCACCCACGUACAGAGCACUCCUCUCAUGCCCUGGGAUAUCAAGUUCUUCUCCACCCUUCGGCACCUGCCGCGUCAUAGACGACCAUGGCGAUGACAUCCAAUGCGAAACAAAAUUUUAUACUUGUUGGAGUUUUCGGACUUUUCACGGUAGCUGUUAUGUUCAUACGGCUGCUCAUGCAAAAGAUCCGAAAACGGUCUUUCGGCGCCAGCGACUAUCUCACAAUAUUCGCUCUCAUUUGCUACUGUGCGGUCACAGCAAUGACCGUCCUGAUCUUUCUAUGGGGGACUAAUGUCAUCGACCCGCGCGAUCGGAUGGGGAAACAAUUUACCAUAUCUGACAUCCAUCACCGAGAGAUCGGAAGCAAGUUGGCCCUAGUAGGUAGGGUUUCUCUGGACCCAAAAAACCAUCAUUCUCGCUUUGUACACGCGAAUCCCUCCAGGGUUACUAUGGCCGAACCAUAUAUUGAGCGCUUCCCUGGCUUUGUUAGCUGUAACUUUCGUCCUAGUACAAGUUAUCUCAUUCAGCGAAUGCUCCCCUUUCCACCUCUACUGGCAGGUAGAACCAGAUCCAGAAAAUUACUCCUCGCCUUCCUUUUCUCCCUGGGCAUAUUCCUCAUCGCCGUCGCGUUAGCCCCCCUCCCCAUACCCGGUCACGACGCAACCCGCAGCUAUCAAAACGCCCUUAAGCAAUCAGAGGCACUCCUGGCCGCAUUCUUGGCCAACAUCAUCACCAUAGCCGGGCUGGACAGCCCGUCGACGGACGAGGACGACGCCCCCUUCCUAUCUUCCAACACCAAGCGGCGGUCCAAUGGGAGCGGGUUCAGGUCACUAUUUGAUAGGGAAAUCGUAGUUACCAGCAACUUCGAGAUGCAGUCUCAAACGGCCAGUCCCGCACGGGUUCGGCAGAUGUUCCCGCGGCACCCCUGGACGGCUUUCCAGCGGAUGAGUAAUGAGAAUCUUAUUAUCCGGGCGAAGGGGGGUCGUGAUUCGCGAGAAUCCAAAUAA